CAAACGUCGCAAUCUUUCGACGACAACAUGACGAGUUCCGCAUGGCUCGUGUUGGCGUUCGUAGGGAUCGUCGUCCGUGAUGCGCAAGGAUUCCGCAUCGUCAACAUGACGAACGUCGUGUCGUUGGAUGACGUUCCACCGGCGGUGUUCCCGCCGUAUGCAAAGGGAUUCGUAGGGUCCAUCGGCGACCCGGCGUCGACUUUCUUCCGCGAACACAUCAACUCGGGCGCGGUCUUCAACCCCGAGGUUCCGGCGCAGUGGGGCGGCGUUGAUGUCCUUCAACGGUGUCCUGGAAUGGUGGGGCCGUUCAGCGACGGCGAGUACUACUGCGUCGGGAAGGAGUACGGGUUCUGCGACCAGCGAUCCAGCACAUGUUGGUGCAACAAGGGAUACCAGGGCCUCAACUGCACGCAGUGCAUCCCCGAGUACUUCAUGCAAGGGGGUCUUUGCUAUCCCAAGCAGAAUUGCCCGGGUGACUGCUCCGGUCAAGGCAGCUGCGACUAUGCCACGGGGACGUGCAUGUGCAAUUCCUACCGUUUGGGUCUGGAUUGUUCCCAGCAGUCGUGCCACCGAUUCGAUCCCUUAUGCACGACUUGCAACUCGGCGGCAUGUCUGGCGUGUUCCCCGGGAUUUUACCCCACUGCCUCGUCGAACCGCUGUCAGCCCUGCUCCACGUUCGACCCCCGGUGCAUUUCCUGCGAUGCCCACCGCUGCCUCACUUGUGGGGAUUUUAUCCUCAAUUCCGUCCGUCGCAGUGGAGCGCGGGACGGUAUCGACCCGUCAACUGUUCCCUUAGAGGAGUCGACGCGGGAAUUUUCCUACUUCUCCGUGUACGGCAGCCAGGAGCCGCAAGUGUUUGACGAGGCCGAGGCGUACAUGGUCGUGCCGUUCAUUCCCCCAUCGAUGGCAUGUUCCCAGGGAAGUUCCCAGGAUUCUUCCUGGUCCUGCGACGCUCUUCCCCGUAGCCACAUCGUCUGCGGGCACCCCGGGACCUUGGCCUUAUCAUCCCCGACCUACGAGGUCUUGGAAAAUGCCUCAUUCAUCCUAAUCACGGUCACUCGAACGGGGGGCGGCGUCGGUUUCGUAUCCGUCUCGUACGUCGUCGUUCACAUCACCACGUCCGACGAUGACGCGAGCGCCACGGCGUUUUAUACGUCCAGCCAGCGCCUCCACUUUGCGCCGGGCGUCACAUCCGUUACGUUUGCUAUGACCGUCCACGACAACUUUGUUCGGAACGCUGUUUUAAAACAGUUUAAAGUAGUCCUGCGAGACCCGUCGGUGGACGCGAGUAUCGGCAACCAGGACUCGGCCGUCGUGACCAUCUUGGACGACGACCCCCCCGACCCGACCUUUACGGCCCAAGUGCCGCCGUGGGGUAUCGCCGGUGCCCCCCUUGCACUCACGCUUGCCACGUCAUCACCCUCGGCCUCAAAGUGGGUGGUCGUACAAGCCAAAUUGAUGAGGUCGUACAACGAAAUCGUGGAGCGACUGUUUCUACCCUUCACAACCAAUGGAUGGGCCAACUCGUGGACGCCAACUAUGUCGGGCGAGUACUUGAUGACGUUUUGUACGCUGUUCGGAACGGGGUUGCAAGGACAGUACUUUGCCAACGCGCGCCUACAGGGACCUCCGAUCGCGACGCGAGUAGAUCGAAUGGUCAACUUCACGUGGACUACUCCAGGUAAAGAACUUUGGUGGAAUUCGCUCCAAUAUGGCAGUGCGAGAUGGACUGGGUACCUUCAAGCUCGAGCUUCCGAACUCACCACGUUUCGAGUAAACACCACGGGCAUGUUUCGGCUCUGGCUCGAUGACGAACUCGUGAUUGAUGCGUGGGUAGCGUUGGAGUCCCAAACUUUAGGCGCAGUGCUACUCCAUCAAGACCAGUUUUAUGCCCUUAUAUUAGAGUAUCGCCAUGGGAUAUCGUCGUCCUCGCGGCUGCAUUUGCAGUGGCAGAGCCAGUCCUUUCCCCUUGAGACGGUCCAGAAUUCGUACGUGGCCACCGUCGCAGCCACGGCGAACGUGACGAUCGUGCCGUCGGAAGCUGUGCCAAAAGUGCUCUUUCAAGGGAAUCUCUCGGGCGUCGCCGGCCAAGACUACUCGUUCUCGUUCGUGUCACUCGACAGUCAAGGCAACAUGCGACAGGGGGAAGCGGCCUUUCGGAGCGAACUGAUUCUGAACCAGGCCCACGUCGACGUAACCUUGACCUACGACCGUACCUCGCAGCGCAUGAUGGGCCUGGCCCAGCCUUAUAUCGCCGGGUUAUACUCAUUACAGCUCACUUUGAACCAGGUUCACGUCACUGGAUUCCCCAUCGACGUCGUAAUUGCACCGUCGCCUGUCACAGGCCCACGUUCCGACGUAUUUGGAUCGGGUCUGGGGGUCGUCACGGCCGCAUCCCCUGCCACCCUUACGAUCGCCGCCAGAGAUUUGUAUGGAAAUGCAAUGACCCAAGGCGGCGGGCACUUCUCCGUUCGAGCAGUGAGUACGCCGUCGGCUGUCGUGGAUUUGGGCGUCGUGGUCGACCAUUUGGACGGAACAUAUACGGCAACGUAUACUCCUCGUUUGAGCGGGGUAUACGCCGUAGAAAUACUCGUGAAUAAGCUGCAUGUGGCGCAGAGUCCUUAUAUACUUACGGUGCAGCCCAACCAGCCGUACGGGCCAUCAUGUCAUUAUGUAUCUGGCACGGGACUUGUAGCUGCGACCACGGGGUUACCGUCGACAUUUGUGCUGCAGUUGCGCGAUGUCAACAGCAAUCUCAUCUCGUCCAGUCCUGCUACUGUCACUACCGUUUUAGUGACAUCCAACUUGACGCUGGCGAGUUCAUAUUGCGUGAACGUACUCAACGGACAAUUUAGCUGCACGUAUGUCCCCACAGUUGCCACGUCAUGGAUGGGAUUAUCCGUGACAGUCAACUCGAAACCAAUCAAGAACAGUCCGUUCGUCGUUCCAGUGACCACGGGCGCCAUCGCCGCCUCCACUUGCGUAGCGACUGGGUCGGGGCUGGUCGUGUCGUUCGCGGGUCAAGUGACCCGGGUGAAUGUCCAGGCCAACGACAUCUUUGGCAAUCAUCGCAUGGCUUCAGACCAUCUGAUUGGCCAAAUUCUGCUUGUCAAUGGCACACUAGCCACUAACACGUCGGUCGUACUAGUAUAUGUGACCAGUGGGCUGUACGAACUGUCGUACCAGGUGUUCCAAGCUGGCACGUACCUGCUUAGCAUCCAAACCAGCAGCGGUCAGAACAUCGUCAACAGUCCAUUCACCAUCACAAUCUACCCCGUGGCCGCCGACAUUGGCCACACGACGGCGUACAUCUCAACCCCUCCGCCUUUCGUCGCUGGGUCACGUUUACUGGCCAAGAUUGAGCCCAGAGAUAUGUAUGGCAACCCUGUAAACCAGAUGUAUCGGUUCGCCCUGAGUCCGCCAGUCAUUUCGACGGUCGUAGUCGCCACUGCGACCUCGUAUACCGUCGCCGUCACCCCCACGACCGCCACGAUCUACCCGUUUCAGCCACAGAUCUUUUUACCUGGGGGCGGCAACGUCAGUGUCUUUAAAACGAGGGACUGGACCGGCCCCACGGUGCUGUUCCAGACCUCGAUGCCCCUGGGCGCCAACUACGGCCUCAAACUCCCUCCGUUUACGGACACCAUGCGCACGUUUAGCGUGUUGUGGCAAGGGUACAUCUCGGCCUUGUACUCGGAAUUGUAUACGUUCAACGUGUCCGCAUCUGGCUGCCAAGUGCGCAUGAUGCUGAAUACUUCCCAAGUGGCAAACCUGUCCAAGGCGGGCAGAACCUCCUUUUCCACGUCCCUGACCGCCUUCGACAUGAAUUACGUUGAGAUUUGGCUCUCGAAACCAACUGACGCCGGCCCAACCAAGUACAAUCUCACGUGGAUGAGUUUGUCCCAGCCCGAGCAGGAACUUCCCACCUCGGCCAUCUACUCCAUCUGGCGCGUGACCUCGCUCACGCCGACGUUUGCAGUUUAUCCCAGUGCCUCGUACGCUGCCAACUUUGAGCUGCUGCUUCCACCAACUUCUCCGUGGGUUGCAGGGACGGCUGUCGUGCUCACAGUGCUGGCCAAAGACUUGUACGGAAACCAGCGAACCCAAGGCGGGGACUCACUCCACGCUCUAAUCACUGGGUUUAACCCAGUUAAUCCCAUCCGCUUCACCGUCCAGGAUAGCCAAGACCACCGCAACGGCACGUAUUCUAUUCGAAUUGUGUGCUUUUCCAGUGGAAACCUCAGUCUCACCCUCAGCGUUGGCUCCUUGGACUGUGAGCAGAAUUGUUUGCAAACUCUUGGCUUAAAUCCGUUCCCGAUCGUCGUGGCUCCAGCGGCGCUGGCGUUGGAGUCGACUGUUUUCACUGGCGCGGGGCUGCUGGCGGGCGUCGCGGGGGUGCCGCAGACGUUUACGAUGAUUUUGCGCGAUGCGUUUUCCAAUGUCAUCCUAGCUCCGCCUCCGUCGAAUCUCGUGGUGGUGCUCAUUCAAGACGCUGCCACGUCAGUAGUCACGACCUGGACAUUUGACUCGAACGCCGUCACAGUCUCGUAUAUACCCAUAUUAGCUGGCACGUACUCGAUCAAGCUCCAAGUGGGGGCUUCGCUCUCGUACACUCGAGUGAGCUCUGAGCCAUUGCUCAUUCGACCCAACGUCGCCAGCGCCUCCACUAGCCAGCUCUCGGGUGCCAUAGGUGCCUCUGUCGUUCCUUUCACCGACACCCAGUCGUUUACGAUAGUACUAUAUGAUGCCUACAGCAACCCCGUCGGAAUCGGAGGGGACCACUUGUGUGUGACACUGUCAGGCGGGGGGACGGCCGAUGUCAUCGACGCCCUCGACGGCACCUACCUCGUGCUCUUGACCCUCCCUUCUCGCGGGUUAUUUGAAGUCACGACGCUGCUCAUGGAGCCCCAAUCGGCUGGUUUAGUGGCCAAGUACUUUGCCAACACGACCACCUUUGCGCCCGAACUCAGGCGCGUCGACCCCGUCGUGAACUUGACGUCCGUCGACACUCCCAAAAUCGAAUGGACGGGGUUUCUGCUGGGUACCUUCACCGAACUGUUUCAGUUUGACACUAUUGGGUGCCACCUGUACAUUGAUAACGUCAGCGUCGAACCGGGCGCAAAAGUGCUGCUCAUCGAAACGCACUUGCACGGGAUCCGCGUCGAAAGCACUUAUGGGGCGCCCAUUGUCCAAUUGAAGUACUCAAGUGCGCGCACUCCGGCCCAAGUCGUGCCGUCCUCCGUGUUGUUCCCGGUUGCCGCCGAGAUUCUGCCGCGGCUGCGCUUCACGGGGGUGUAGCUCUGUUAAUAUAUUUGACAAACUAAUAUACUACUACGUAACACUAGUAGUAUAUUAGUAGUAUUUGACAAAC